UACCAAAACAAACACAAGCAGUAAAAUAUAGUUUAUAUUUCGUUUAAUAAUGAGUUUAGACGUAGCAAACGUAAAUGGAGGCAAUGGCAAUGAGAAUCCAUCACAUUCACAGGACAAACGCGAACUACUCUGUUUGCUUAAACUACUGAAAAAAUACCAAUUAAAAGGAACAGAGGAGCUGCUCUGCCAGGAGGCAAAUGUCAACAGCGCAGAUUUGUCAAAUAUUGACGAUGACGAUGUUAAGACGGUGCUUAACGCGGCGCUGUCUUUGACGGAGGAUAAACUCAAUCGUCAGGCAGCGGCGGCGGCAACAGCACUAUCCAACGAAUCGAAGGCGGCAACCGAAACCAACGCCGCCGAGGCGCUGGCAAAAUUCAUUGGCGACGAUGCAUUCGAUGCCCAACAGUACGAGCAGGCGUACGAGGAACUGCGAACAUUUGUGGAGGAAUCUUUGGACAUCUAUAAGCACGAAUUGUCCAUGGUGCUCUACCCAAUACUAGUGCAGAUCUACUUUAAGAUUCUAGCCAGUGGUCAGGUGGAAAAGGCGCGCGGAUUUAUUGAGAAAUAUAAAUCAGAUCUCGAUGGGUAUUAUAUAGAAGGGCUCUUCAACUUGUUGCUGAUAUCGAAGCCCGAGGAGCUGCUGGACAACGAUCUUGUGAAUGCCAUGGAGACCGACAAGUUCGUGAUACGCAUGUCCCGGGAUGCCCAUUCCCUGUUUAAGCGCCACAUUCAGGAUCGGAGGCAAGAGGUUGUGGCCGAUAUUGUAUCCAAGUAUCUGCAUUUCGACACCUACGAGGGCAUGGCUCGGAACAAGCUGCAGUGCGUGGCAACGGCGGGCUCCCACACUGGCGAUGCGAAGCGCCAGGACAACAAAAUCCGCGUCUACUACGGCCUGCUCAAGGAGGUGGACUUUCAGACCCUGACCACGCCCGCACCAGCGCCUGAAGAAGAGGACGACGAUCCGGAUGCACCAGAUCGACCCAAAAAGAAGAAGCCCAAAAAAGAUCCGCUGCUGUCGAAGAAAUCGAAAUCUGAUCCCAAUGCCCCGGCCAUAGAUCGUAUCCCUCUGCCGGAGCUAAAGGAUGCGGACAAAUUACUUAAGCUCAAGGCGUUGCGCGAGGCCAGCAAACGUCUGCCGCUCAACAAGGAACAGCUGCCCUCUGCCGUAUUCUAUACAAUACUUAAUUCCAUGCAGGGCGUCACCUGUGCCGAGAUUUCUGAUGAUUCCACAAUGCUCGCCUGUGGCUUCGCGGAUUCCAUAGUGCGCAUUUGGUCAUUGACGCCAGCCAAACUGCGUGCUUUAAAAGACGCCGAGGCGCUACGAGAACUGGACAAGGAAUCGUCCGAUAUCAAUGCCCGCAUGCUGGACGAGCGCAGCGGUGAGAUGACGCGCUCCUUCCUUGGCCACACGGGUCCCGUCUAUCGUUGCGCAUUUGCGCCCGAGAUGAAUCUGUUACUCUCCUGCUCGGAGGACAGCACCAUUCGGCUGUGGUCACUGCUAACCUGGUCCUGUGUGGUCACCUAUCGCGGCCAUGUCUAUCCGGUGUGGGAUGUACGCUUUGCGCCGCAUGGCUAUUAUUUUGUAUCGUGCUCCUAUGACAAGACCGCUCGGCUCUGGGCCACGGACUCGAAUCAGGCGCUGCGCGUAUUUGUCGGGCAUCUGUCAGACGUAGACUGCGUGCAAUUUCAUCCCAAUUCCAAUUAUGUGGCCACCGGUUCUAGCGAUCGUACGGUGCGUCUGUGGGAUGUGCUCACUGGCCAAUCCGUGCGCCUGAUGACCGGACACAAGGGCACCGUCAGCUCCCUCGCCUUCUCCAUUUGCGGCCGUUACCUGGCCUCCGGCUCGGUCGAUCACAACAUCAUCAUCUGGGAUCUGUCGAAUGGGUCGCUGGUCACAACGCUGCUGAGGCACACGAGCACCGUGACCACGAUUACCUUCAGCCGGGACGGCACCUUGUUGGCUGCCGGCGGACUGGAUAACAACCUGACGCUAUGGGACUUCCACAAGCUGACCGAUGAUUAUCUGAGCAAUCAGAUAACCGUGUCACACCACCAGGACGAGAACGAUGAGGAUGUCUAUCUGUUGCGCACGUUUCCCAGCAAGAAUUCGCCGUUCCUGACGCUACACUUCACGCGUCGCAAUCUUCUGAUGUGCGUUGGUCUCUUCAAGAGUUAGUUUCCCCAGUAUAUCGGAGAUCUUCAAAUUUAUUUUUAAAU